AUGGCCGCCGCUCUCUCACUCCUCGUCUUCUCUCUCAUCUCCGCCUCCCUCCCUGCGCCCUCUCUCGCCGCCACCGCCAUAACCGCCAUCACCAGAGACCAGAUCGCCUGCACAAUGUGCUCAUCCUGCGACAAUCCCUGCCAACCGAUCUUCUCUCCUCCGCCGCCGGAGCCUGUCCUCUCUCCUCCACCGCCGGAGCCGGUCCCCUCCCCUCCGCCACCAUCUCCGCCGCCGCCAUACGGUGUCAAUUGUCCCCCUCCGCCUUCGCCGCCCUGCGGCGGAGGCUGCGGAGGCGUCUACUACUAUCCGCCGCCUCCACCAGCGCAAACCUCUUACUAUCCACCACCUUCCGGCGGCGGAGCGUACUAUCCACCGCCAAACCCUAGCUCCACCGAUUACCCCACUCCGACGCCGCCGAAUCCAAUUAUGCCGUAUUUCCCCUUCUAUUACUACAAUCCGCCGCCGUCCAACCCCCACAUCGGCGAUUACAAUUCCGCUCAAUUGAAAACUCACUCCAAAUUUCUCCCUCUUCUCAUUGCGAUUUCACUCUUUUUACUCCUUUAA